CCGCGGGACUCCCCAGGUGGCGGUGGCGAUGGCGGCUGCGUCGGGUCCAGUUCGCCUGCAGCGCUGCGUGGUGUCGCCGGCUGGGAGGCACAGCGCCUCUCUGAUCUUCUUGCACGGCUCAGGUGAUUCUGGACAAGGAUUGAAAAUGUGGAUCAAGCAGGUUUUAAAUCAAGAUUUAACAUUCCAACACAUAAAAAUUAUUUAUCCAACGGCUCCUCCCAGGCCCUAUACUCCUAUGAAAGGAGGAAUCUCCAAUGUUUGGUUUGACAGAUUUAAAAUAUCUAAUGAAUGCCCAGAACACCUUGAAUCAAUCGAUCUAAUGUGUCAAGUGCUUACAGAUUUGAUUGAUGAUGAAGUAAGAAGUGGCAUCAAGAAGAACAGGGUAUUAGUAGGAGGAUUUUCUAUGGGAGGGUGCAUGGCAAUGCAUUUAGCAUAUAGAAAUCAUCAAGAUGUGGCAGGAGUAUUUGCUCUUUCUAGUUUUCUUAAUAAAGCAUCUGCUGUUUACCAGGCUCUUCAGAAAAGUGAUGGUGUACUCCCUGAAUUAUUUCAGUGUCAUGGUACCGCAGAUGAGUUAGUUCUUCAUUCUUGGGCACUGAAGUAAGACUGCCAUGACCAGGACUCCAAGCACUAGAGUGAGGCCAGCAUGCAGUACUGACAGCUGUGUCCUGCAAGGCCCUGGCCCCAUCCUGAACAAAUCCCAUGGACCAUGAAGGGUGUACCCUGUGAGGCCAGCUGUCCUUCCCUUAAGUCUCUGUGUUGACCUUCCCACUUGGUUUGAGGCAUUGCACCCGGUUAUCCUAGGAUGUGGCUGUGUUGAGGAAGCAAUGAAUCCAAACCCAAAGAGGCACCUCCAGGUGGAGGCCACCUCCCUUUGCCAGAGGCUUCAGUUGGCAACAUCUUCAGGUGCAGAGUUCAAAGGGGUCAUUGAAGAUGUAGGGCAAAUUGGCACUUCUACGUCUGGUUCUUCACAAUCAGGAGAAUCGCUUUCGGUACUUAUGAUGUAUGUGAAACAGCAAUACCAAUUACACAUUCAUCAGUGAAAGCCAGAACAAUACUGAACCAGCACAGGGCUCCCCUCCCAGGUCAUGUGAACUCCCUUUCCCCACUGUGAGCUCUACCCCAACCCCAUUAGUUGAACUUGGGCAUACCCUCCCCCAUGGGACCAGUAGGAUGAUGACUCAGGGGCCUGUGUCCACCAGAGCCACAGAAAUUUGAAUCCCUUCCCUUCCCGAUACUCCGUGACGUAUUCAACAGAUGACAGCCUUUCAUCUUUCGGGAAUGGAGAUGUUACCCUAGCCCUGACUAGCUUUCUCCUGAAACCAGCUGAGGUCAGUGAAAGAAGAGAUGGAUCACAGGGGCGUGGGGAGGGAGGGGGCUCCACACAGUAAGCAAAUCACAUUUAAGCUUUCAGAGGCAUGGCAGCUGUUUGCAAUAAUUUAUUUACAUUUUUGGAGUCAGUUUCUCUUCAGGGAAUCAACCUCAUCACCAUUGUAAAUGAAAUCUAGGACAAUGAGAGUCUGAAUACCAGUCAGUGCCCUGUCUGGUUUCCCAUGGGAAAAAACUCAGGGAACUUUUCCAAGAAAGCCAAAUCUCCUUAAAGCAGGCAGGACCCGCUGCAGGAAAACAAAACAAAACAACAAAGCUGUGGAGCCUUUUACCUCCAUCUUCAAAUGGAUCUAAGGGUGGCAUGGCAGACUGCAGGAGAGGUGGGUCCACAGCAGGCCCAGCUGUUCUGUUCUUACGGAGCUUACCCCACGAUGCCCGCCCUCUUCCAGGUAAGCCAGAGAACAUUCUGAAGAUUUGCAUGGUCUCUAGAGAUUGCACAUUUCCUUCCUUCCACACCCACGCAGGUAUGUGCCUGCAGCUGUUGUCUGAACAGGCAGAAGCUCCUGCCCAUCCAGGACUAAUGUCAGCACUAGGUACUGAAAAGGGGGUCCAAGGCUGAUGUCCGAAGUCCUCCCACCUCGGGGAGAAGUAGCAACAGACAGUACCGUCUGGAUAAAUGGACCCCUUUCCUUAGCCUACAAUUGCCUCCCUAAUUUCUCCUCGUUAAGAGGAAGUCACAUGGCAGACCGUUUAUUGGCCAAUUGACCAUUCCAUUUGGUCAACUUGUUUGCUGCCAUUGCCCAUGGCCCUCCCUCAAGUUCUGGUAAUCACCCUGCAGAGCCUUCCUUCUUUCCUUUCUAGUACUUUUAAUAUUUCAGAAAAUGAGUGUGGUUUUCCAUGUAUUCCCCUUAAGUUAUUCUGUGCAUUACCUUUGUGAUUUUAUGUAGGCCUUUUGUUUUGGAUUGGUUGUGAAAGCCAUAUGUGAUUUUUAUAUUGGGAAUAGAAUUAAUGGUUUUAUGAUGAAUAGUGGACAUCCUGUUUUGAAGAAAUCAUAUUUUGGGCAAAAUGCCCAUAAGAAACUUAUGUUUUUGCCAGUAGUACAGAGCCUCUGGGUUGUUUUAUUUUUAAGAAAGGAUGAGAAAAGGUUGAUGUUUUUGCAUGCUAUUUUGAAUUCAUUUUAGGGGUGAUUUCAAAAUAGCUUAUUACUUCACUUUUUGUUAUAACUAACUCACAAUUGUUUUUCUUUUUUGUUUUGGCUUCUUGUUUCACUACUACUCUUAAGGGCAUAGUAUUAGUUUGUUAAAGUCACUGUGUUUUCAUUUUCUGUUUCCCUCUUUCUUCCCAACCCAAUUUUGUCUAGUCAGUUGUUGUCUUGUCCUGUGGAAACUAGAGAUACACUUUACAUAUUAGUUACUUCACAUAAUAAUUUUGGCCACUUUAGACAUGCUUUCCAUUGCCAAUUAAAGUAUUGAAAUUGAAAAUUUGGGUGGGGGUGUCUGUGAGAGACAGAAGUCUUUCUCUUGGGCAUUGAGUAUUGAUCUUGGUUUCUCUAUCAGAAAGCAAGAGAGAGGCGUUAAAACCAAGCUCACAGUGUGCAACUGGCAGACUCAAGUAAGUGGUUCUCUUUAAAGAUUUCACUUCAACAGCAAUAAAUCUCUUAAGUUAAAAACAGGAUUUUUAAAUGGCAGAUGAAAAACAUCAAUUUCAAAUGGUAGCUGAAAUACAUUUUUUUUUCCUAGGUUUCUUAACUAUCCUGUGAAAUGUCAAGUAGAUUUCAGGGCAACUGGUUAACUUUGGCUUAGAGUUCUGCCAGAGAAUCCAAACAAUGUUUAUUGCUGGAAGGAAUUCAGACAUUAUAAUUUUACACAUAUGGAAACUGAGAUCCAAAGUCAGGUGACGUACUCACAGUCCUGCAUAAGCAGGGUGAAAACAUAAUACUCGUUUCUGAUGCUUUUUCACUGUGCUUCAGUGGCGUAGUGGUAAUGUUCAGAAAGCACAGCUAAAAAUUCACAUAAAUUUCAAACAUUUUAGAUACAGAGCCAUUUCCUUUGCUUUGUAGAUAUUUUAUAUCCAUGCUGCCUUUGGCUCUAUUUUCACUGUUUUCUAAAGGAAUGUAGUGGUUUCUCUCACUACCUCAGUGUAGUACCAGGCCCAACCUAAUUUUCAAGUCAUGGUAUAGAUUUAAGAGUUUUUAAAAAGAUUAUUAAUCAUUUCUACUAGAGUUCUAGUUUCUGAAUCCCAUAACCUGAUUCAGUCCUUAUCUUACUUGAUAUCUUCAGAAGAUUUGACGCUCUGAUGAACCCCUGAAUCACCUGAUCUGGAAACUGGAGCCUUCCAGUCUGUUUUUCUGGUAUCUCUAGAUUGUGAUAUUUCUGUCUUUUUCAAUAGCUCCUUCACUGUUAGUCUCUUAAUGUGGAGGUUUUUUCCUUUUAUUCUCUCUCUGGGUGAUCUUCCACCUCUGUGGCUUUAUACUGCUGGUUCCAUAUCUGUACCUCUGGCCUCAAGCUCUCAUUCUAGCUCCACAUCCAUGUGUUGCACUUUCUGCCGGAGCUCCCCACCACCCCCCCUGACUCUCGGACAAGCUACUAUACCUUUAAUAUGUUCAAAACCAUGCAUGAUUUCCACACUUACCAAUGUGUGAUUUGGGUUUUAAAAAACAAAAACUAAUCUCUGCAAGUUGUUUUUUCCUCACCUGUAAAAUGGGUUUGUUUUGAAAAUAAAUAUCAAGAACCCAACACAGCAGCUGAGAAUAACUGCUUUUGUUGUUCAUUCCCAUGCCUACUUCUCCUAUUCUAAUCAGUUUUAAAUACCAUUUAUUCCACAUAAUAAUGCCUUUGCAUCAAAAUCUCCUCUUCCCCUUCUUUCAUCUUUUUAUCAUGACAGUUAACAAAUCCUUUUAAUAUUCUAUCCACGAAGCAUCUUCCCAUUAUUGGCCUGUAAGUACCAUACACAAAAAAUAAACUCAAAUGCAUUAAAGACCUAAAUAUAAGACCUGAAACAAUAAAAUUCUAAAAAAAAAACAUAGACUAUAAACUCUUGAACAUUGGCAUUCGUAAUUUUUUUCCGUAUAUAUUUCCCCACAUUAGGGAAACAGCAGCAAAAAUAAACAAGUGGGGGCUACAGCAAACAAAUUCAGGAAAGCAUCAACAAAAGGAAAAGAGGGCUACUGAAGAGAAUAUAUUUGCAAAUGAGACACCCAGUAAAGGGGCCAAUCUCCAAAAUAUAUGAAGAACUUGUACAACUCAACACCAAAAACCAAACAAUGUGAUUUUAAGAUGGGCAGAAGGCCUGAAUAGACAUUUUUCCAAAGAAGACAUAUAGAUGGCCAACAGGCACAUGGCAAGAUGCUCAUCCUCAUCAUCAUUGUCUUAGUUCUGGUCUCAUCAGCUUGUUGGUGAGUCUCCCUGCCUCUGUUCCUCUCUAGCAUGCUGUCAGUUAGCAGCCUGCUCCACUACCUGACAAUCCCCCUGCCAGCUCCCCAUUAUCUUCAGAAUAAAAUAAAAGUUUUGUAAGCAGUAAAUUCUUUCACAAUCUGAUCUCUACCUACUUUUUCAACUUCAUCUCCUCUCCCUCUUUCCUCGCAUGUCACACCCAUAUGAGUGGACACACACAUACUCUCUCUCUGUACUUGUGCUGUACCAAAAUUCCCUUGACAUACCAAACUUUUGCACAACUUUGCAUUUAGCAUAUUCUUCCCUCCACUUGGAAUGCACUCUCCUCCCCCUUCAACUGACAAACUCUUAACAUUUAAGACACAGGUUUUAAGUGACCCAGUGCCUUGUCCACUUUGGUAGAAGUUGCUCUGUUCUCCAGGGUCCUGUGUUUAUCCUUGACAUGUCGUUUCUCCACUCCAACUGUUUUGAACUCAGGAGCAAGGGCUGUUUCUUUCUUUCCUCCUCAGUGCCUAGUACUGUGGUUGGCAUACAACAGACAUGCAAAAAAAAUGGUUAAUAAUAUAAUUAUCAUUUCCUGCUGACUUCAAAUCUGGGAUGAGGUCCCAUCAUUUGCAUUAUAUUCCCCUGAGGUUCCCUUUAAUCUUCAGGAAGACAACAUUUUGCAUUCAAAAUGCUGGCAAAGAAAACCAGCCUGCAUUCAGCUCCCCUCCCAGCCCCCAGCAGAUACCGACCACCAGCCAAAGUACUCAUCCCUGAGGAGCUUUCACUCUUCUCAACACAGAGCUCCGGGUAGCCACUAUCCCCUGAAUGAAGUUGGCAGCUGAUGGGAAACCUGUGUGGGCUAACAAGUAGUUCAGAAACACAGGAUGAAUAUCAGAUGACCUGAAAUUCUGGUCCACCUUUGUUGCUGACAACUCUGAGAUACCUGUGAUGGCACUUCAUGUGGUGUCUUGUGUGACACAGAUAUUCAACAGUUAAUUGUCUAUUAGUGAAUGUUUGUUACUGAACUCUCCUGCUUCAUUUUCUCUGUGCAAACAUUAGGGUAGGUAAUUUCCAAGCUACUUUUGAUGGUUGGUAUAAGAAUAAAUAUAAUGAGGAAUGUGGAUUAACUAGGAUGAUUGAAAAUGUUAUGUGAAGAGUACUUUCAUUAAGCUAAAAUAUUAUGUACAUUGAAGUAGCUAACUUGUAAACCUAAUUUAGUGUCUUACGGCUGAGUUACAACAACUGGGCAGACAGGACACACCAGCAUAUAUUUUAAGACAAUUUCAAAUUUAUAUAAAUAGCUGUUGCAAAUACAGUACAAAUAACUUUUUUCCUGAACUAUUUGAGAAUUUUUUUGUGAACAGAAUGUCUUAUCAUACUGGAAUACUUUGGCAUAUGUUUCCUAUAAGCAAAAA